AAUGUUCCUGUUUGAUUGACGAAGUACUGCGUUUAAGUUGGAAAUGGUUUCAAACAAUGAGAAACCAGCAGUGAAGCAGGAGCCGGGACUAUUCUCAGUCGAAAUCGAAGACAGAUUGCUAGCUCUAUGUAAAGAGGCAGCCGAUGACGGAAUCGCACAGGAUGUCAUCUGUGAACGAAUGACAGAGUGUGCACCUGUGCAAGUGCUGUCGACUGUGAACAAACUACUGGCCAAAGGACAUCUGCAACUCCUUCAGAAUGCGGAAGGAGACAUCAUAUACAAGUACAAGGAAAAAGUACCUGUGGCUUCCGGCUCUGGUGGAGUAGGAAAGGGGACAGGGGUUUCAUUAAGCAAGGAGGAGCAGCUGGUGUUGCAGAUCAUAGCUGAGGCAGGCACCUCCUCCAUCUGGAACAGAGAUAUACGCACCAAGUCAAACCUGUCCAUCAUCCAGGUCAACAAAGUCAUCAAGGUGCUGGAAGCGCAGAGUCUCAUCAAGGAGGUCAAAGGAGCUUCCGGACGCAAGAAGAUGUACAUCCUGUAUGACCUUGAACUUGACCUGAACCAGUGCAGAAGUCCAUGGGUGAAUUUAGAGGGCGAGGCCGAGGUGGAGUUCAUUCGAAUAGUGCUGGACCAGUGCGAACGCUGUCUGCAAGAAAGGUCAGAUCAAGCGAAAGAAAAAUAUCCUGACGAUUCAAUAACGCGACACCACGCAUGUUUUGUUUCCAUUGCCGAAAUAGCCAGUCUGAUCAAAGGACUGAACGUUAGCAAAGUGGACCUGAAGCCGCAGGAUAUAGAAGCUCUGAUGGAUCUUCUCGUGUACGAUAGCAAAGCGGAAAAGAACGUGAAAGGGUCUACCGAAUUGGAGCACUCGACCUCGUACAAAUUGAUCCCAUCGUUGCUCCCCCCUUCGGGAUUAGUGUGUACACCCUGUGGAAUUUGUCCGGUGAAAAAAGACUGCUCCCCAAUCGGAGAUAUCACGCCGGUUACUUGUGAAUACUUCAACGACUAUUGGCUGCCAAAUCAAACUGGCUUCUAGCGUGAUCAGUUGUCCUAAACAAAGCCAGAUCCAGCAAAAACAAAUAUUUUGAAACAUUCUGUUGUUCUCUGUUUGGAGAUGGACUUGAGUUUAUUUUAAUUUACGACUGUCUUUACUUUGUAAUUCACAGUGAUGAAUA